GUUUUGGAAGUGAAUGAGCUGCUCGCUUUUGCCAGGAAUAGCGCUCUCCGCCUCGUAUCGUCGGGUCCAGCCCGCGCAGCGCAAACAGUGAUCGACGGUGGCAACGGCACGAUACUUCUACGCCAUACGCCGCCGCAGCGGCGAACGGGAACGCGCUAGUUACGCCAAUAAUAGAAGCUAAUCAAACGUGUCCAAAGAGCCGUAACCAAUCAACGAUGCAGCGUCAAGACACCUUAAACUCCCUCAAGCUCAGCUCGCUGAACCAGUCGCUCGGCUCGAGCACGGGCACAGGCGGGUCGAGGCACCGGCGCCACCAGUCGGACCCGUUCGGGAGUUCAUUGGCGCCCAUGUCCGACAGCGACAUGGCCGCCUUCCUGGCGGCGGAGGGCGACGAGGACGCGCUCAUGCCCGGGUCCCUCCUCUCGUUCGACGACGCCGAUCUCGGGGACAUCGGGGAUCUCCUACUCCCGACGCCGAGCGGGCCACAAAUGCCGGCCUGGCCGUCGCCUAGAACACCUGGGCGGAAGCAUCGGAGGACCAUCUCUGAACCAGCUCUGAAUUUUCAGUUUGUCAAAAACGACGUGCACUCCGCGCCCGCGCCGCCACCCGUCAGGAGAGGCGUCUCCGACGAGGGUUAUAUUGAUGAUGCGACGCACCCCCUGAUCCUGGGCGAUGGUUUGAGGCUGGACUCCUUCGACCUGGAGCUUGAUGAACGAGCCAUACCACAGAUGCCCCCACCGCCACCGGCACCAGCCCCAAAGCCGAAGCCCUCGCGAGCGGCUCGUAGUACGGGGCGACGACGGAAACCGACGAAGGCCGCGGACCCGGACUUCGUCGAUCCUGAUUCUGUCAAUUCCGUCUCUCCGGCACCCUCGCGCAAGUCCAAAAGUACCGGAGGGGAAACGAAAAAGUACCGCUGCUCGCGCUGCGGCCAGAUCAAGGCGAACCACGUCUGCCCCUUCCUGAAAUAUAAUAGCGUGGCGACGGGCGUGCAGGCCGAUCCUUCCGUGACGGUGACGACGGCGGGCUGCAAAACUCUCAAAGUGCGGGGGCGCUUCGUCGGGGCGGCGGUGAUGGCUUGAUAUGGUGGUGGGGCCGUGUGUAUGGACAUGGACAUUAAUUCUUUACUACUCUUUA